UUCCUUUCCCGCAGGCCCGAUUUCCCAGGAAAAGGGAAGGAAGCACAGCCCUUCGCACUCGAAAUCCAUUCUCGAUGCAGCCCCGCCUCUCCAAAAUCUGUGUUUCCCCCUCUUUAUCCUAUCUCUUGCUCCCGUUUCCCCCUUCGCCUGGCGAGGGAGUGGUGGCCUCUGUUGUUGUUGUCGUCCCAGCUUCCUCCGGGCGAAUCUGAUCCGCUCCGCCCCGCCUGAUAGCCAGCACCGGCGACCGAGCCCCUCCUUCCCCCUCCCUCCGGUUGGCGAAGCCGAGCCCGCCCAGCCGAAGCCUCCGCCGCCACCGCAGGAACCUGCUGCUGGAGGCGGAGGCAGGAUGACGUGUCGCCGCCGUGGAGCUUUGCAUGAUUCACUGGCAGCGGCAGGCGGAGGUGGGAUGCUGCGCGCUGCUCGCCCCGCUUAGAGGGCGCUGAGCGAGGAGGACCCGCGCCGCCCUUUAGCUCUGCCUGCCGCCGGCGCCUUGGCUCUCCUCUCCCGCCCCGGCGCUGCUGCUGCUGAUCGAGGAUCCCCGGAGGAUCCAAGAGGCAAGAUGGAAGGAAUCCUGAAGAAGCUGCAGAAGGAAGCCUCGGGGAACAAAUACAAGGCGAUCAAGGAGAGCUGCACCUGCGCCAGCGAACUGUUAGAAUCCCCAGAGGCUGCUACGAAGAUCCCUCCAUAUCAGCUAAGGGAGAAGUGCCUCCUUCCACUCCAGCUUGCUUUGGAAAGCAAGAACGUGAAGCUGGCCCAGCAUGCUCUAGCAGGGAUGCAGAAGCUACUGUCUGAUGAGAGAUUUGUAACCAUGGAAACAGACUCUGAUGACAAGCAGUUGCUUAAUCAAAUGCUGAAUGCAGUCAGAGUGACUCCUUCCCUCAACGAAGACCUGCAGGUAGAAGUUAUGAAGGUCCUGCUCUGUAUAACAUACACUCCAACAUUUGAGCUGAAUGGGAGUUCAGUACUUAAGAUUGCUGAGGUGUGCAUUGAAACCUAUGUCUCCAGUUACCAUCAGCGGAGUAUUAAUACAGCUGUGCGGGCAACUCUCAGCCAGAUGUUGAGUGAUUUGACUUUACAGUUACGGCAAAAACAAGAGAAUCCAAUAGCUGAAAGCCAAGGAGUCCUUCAGGGGUGCAAGAGCCCAGAUUCUACCACAGAGUCCCUUUGUGACGAUGUUGUCUCUGUCUUCACGGUUCUCUGUGAAAAACUUCAGGCAGUUAUCAGUGAGAAUCAGCAGUUGCAACUUCUCUUCCUGGAAUGCAUUCUCUCAAUGCUGAAUAGUUCCUCUCCUAAUAUGCACCAUCAUAAAGGAUUCACUGACCUCAUAUGGAAGCAGCUGUGCCCGGCUCUUGUAGUAAUCUUGGGAAAUCCAGUCCAUGACAAAACCAUCACCUCUGCUCACAGCAACAUCUUCCACGAAGCUGAUUCUCCUUCCUCAGGGGUCUCCGAUCAUGGCAGAGGGUCAGGUUGCUCUUCCAAUGCACCUGCCCUUAGCAGUCCUGCUGCCCGGACAAUCUAUUACAUUGCAGCAGAACUUGUCCGAUUGAUGGGAUCGGUGGAGUCCAUGAAGCCGGUCCUUCAGUCUCUUUAUCACCGAAUGCUUCUGUACCCUCCACCUCAGCACAGAGUGGAGGCUAUCAAGAUCAUGAAAGAGAUACUUGGCAGUCCUCGGCGGCUCUGCGAUUUGGCAGGCCCCUGCUCUACUGAACCAGAAUGCAGGAAAAGGUCGAUUUCGAAAAGGAAGUCCCACCUGGAUCUUCUCAAACUUAUCUUGGACGGGAUGAGUGAAGCUUGCGCGAAAGGUGGAAUUGAAGCUUGCUAUGCUUCAGUGUCCUGUGUCUGUGCCCUCCUUGGCACCCUGGAUGAUCUCAGUCAAGGGAAAGGCCUUGAUGAGGAGCAGGUCCAUCUGCUUCUCCGACGUAUGGACGAGUUAAAGGAUGGGGGCGAGACAAGCAGAGAUUCCAUGGAGAUCAACGAUGCCGAUUUUAGGUGGCAAAGGCGCAUCCUGUCAUCAGAGCAUACCCAUACCCCCUGGGAAACUGGCAAUGAAAAGAGUCCUGACAUUAGUAUUAGUGUCACCACAGAUACUGGUCAGACAACCUUGGAAGGUGAAAUGGGGCAGACCACUCCAGAAGAUCGUUCUGAAAUUCGUAAAAAUUCUCUCCAGUCACCGGCUGGACAAAUGGGUAAAGAAAUUCAUUAUAAAGACCCAGAAUCAGAAACCAUUGACCAGCCAGAUGUUGUUCAAUGGAGCCAUACAGUUGUUUAUCCGGAUAUAACUAAUUUUCUUUCAGUUGACUGCAGGGCACGUUCUUGUGGAUCCAGGUACAGUGAGAGCAAUUUCAGUGUUGAUGACCAAGAUCUUUCUAGGACUGAAUUUGAUUCAUGUGACCAAUAUUCCAUGGCAGCAGAGAAAGAUUCUGGAAGGUCAGAUGUUUCAGACAUAGGCUCAGACAAUUGCUCGUUGGCUGAUGAAGAGCAGACCCCAAGAGACUGUCCAGGUCACAAAUCCUUACGAACUGCUGCCCUUUCCUUGAAACUUCUGAAGAACCAGGAAGCAGAUCAGCACAGUGCCAGAUUAUUCAUCCAGUCCCUUGAAGCUCUUCUCCCUCGACUUAUCGCUCUUUCUAAAGUGGAAGAUGUUGAUUUGGCCCUCCAGAACUUUGCUUCAACUUUUUGUUCAGGUAUGAUGCACUCUCCAGGAUUUGAAGGGAAUGUUGCCUAUAGCUUCCAGACACUGAUGAAUGCAGAUAGUCUCUAUAUGGUCUCUCAUUAUACUCUCCUGCUCAACCUGAAGCUGUCCAAUGCAGAUUACUACCGAAAGAAGCCUGGCCAGUCCCCCGUCGUCAUGAAGUCUCUGAGGAAAAGCAACAUGCCCAGUAAUGCAGUGGUAGCUGAAUUGUGCUGUUCCAUUCUGCAGAAGGAGUUUAUGAAGCAGGUCCAAUCCAGUGGAGUUUUGAUGGUAUUUUCUCAGGCUUGGGUCGAAGAGCUUUACCAUCAAGUGCUGGAGAGAAAUCUUCUUGGAGAGGCAGGAUAUUGGGGGAGCCCUGAAGAGCACAGCCUCCCACUCAUCACCAUGCUGACUGACAUUGAUGGUUUGGGGAGCAGCACAAUAGGUGGGCAGCUGAUGGCCUCUGCAUCCUCGCAGUCUCCUCUCACCCACACCCGGAAGCCAGAUGAUGCUGUUCUUGCAGGUACUGCUUUUGCCCGAUACCUGCUAAUUGGUUGCUGGAAGAAUUUGAUUGACACUUUAUCCACGCCUCUAACCGGCCGCAUGGCAGGCAGCUCCAAAGGAUUAGCCUUCAUUCUAGGAGCCGAAGGAGUCAAGGAGCAGAACCAGAAGGAGAAGGAUGCCAUCUGCAUGAGUCUGGAUGGACUGAGAAAGGCAGCUCGCCUUAGCUGUGCUUUAGGGGUUGCUGCUAAUUGCGCAUCUGCCCUUGCUCAGAUGGCCGCAGCUUCAUGUGUUCAAGAGGAGAAAGAGGAAAAAGAGGUGCAGGAACCCAGUGACACCAUAGCUCAAGUGAAACAGAAGGUGGAGCAAAGACUGGAACAGAUGGGGAAAGUGCAAGGGGUCUGCCUCCACACAGCCCACGUUUUGUGCAUGGAUGCCAUUCUUAAUGUGGGGCUGGAGAUGGGAAGCCACAAUCAAGACUGCUGGCCGCACGUAUUUAGAGUUUGUGAGUACAUCAGCACACUGGAACAUGCUCAUUUCAGUGACGCGACAUCUCAGCCACCGGUAACUAUUACCCAGGGCCAACAGGCCACAGAUGGGCUUCAGGGAGAUGUUCAAUCUACAGACAGCACCCAGGAACUCACUCUAGAUCAAGAGACUGCACUGAGGAAUAAUCCUGUAAUCCAGCCGGUUUCCAUUCAGGAGCUCAUCAAAGAAAGUAGCAAGGGAAGAGCGUUUGAUUUCCGUGGGGGCAGCCUGAUGACUGGAAGCAACGCUGCCAAAGCUAUCCUUACCCUCUCCACCCAGGCAGACAGGCUAUUUGAAGAUGCUGUUGACAAGUUGAAUCUGAUGGCAUUGGGAGGUUUCCUGUAUCAGCUGAAGAAAGCCUCUCAGUCCCAGCUCUUCCACUCAGUUACAGACACUGUUGAUUACUCCUUGGCAAUGCCAGGUGAAGUAAAAUCUACCCAAGACAGGAGAAGUGCCCUCCACUUGUUCCGUCUUGGAGGGGCCAUGCUCCGAAUUGUAAGGAGUAAAUGCCGCCCUCUUCUCCAUCUUAUGCGCUGCUGGAACUUGGUGGCCCCUCACCUAGUGGAGGCUGCCUGCCAUAAAGAAAGGCAUGUUUCUCGGAAGGCUGUCUCUUUCAUCCACGACAUCCUAACUGAGGUUCUGACAGACUGGAAUGAGCCCCCUCAUUUUCACUUGAAUGAGGCCCUCUUCCGCCCCUUUGAGCGUAUCAUGCAGCUGGAACUCUGUGACGAAGAUGUCCAGGACCAGGUGAUCACAUCCAUAGGCGAGCUGGUGGAGGUGUGCUCAACUCGGAUCCAGUCAGGGUGGAGGCCAUUGUUCAGCGCACUAGAAACUGUGCGCAGUAGCAGCAAGUCGGAGGUUAAGGAAUACCUUGUUGGAGAGUAUUCAAUGGGAAAAUGCCAGGCACCUGUGUUUGAUGUCUUUGAAGCAUUUUUAAAUACAGACAACAUCCAGGUCUUUGCAAAUGCAGCCACCAGUUAUAUCAUGUGCCUUAUGAAGUUUGUCAAAGGAUUGGGGGAGGCAGAUUGCAAGGAGGUUGGGGAUUGUGUGCCAGGAUCAGGAUCCAUGUCUACAGACUUGUGCCUUCCUGCUCUUGAUUACCUCAGGCGGUGUUCUCAGUUGCUUGCCAAAAUCUACAAAAUGCCCCUGAAGCCUAUUUUUCUCAGUGGGAAACUUGCCAACUUACCCCAAAGAAUACAAGAACGAUCCGCAAGCAGUGAAGAUGGCAUUGAGUGUGUCCUUUCUGAUUUUGAUGAUGACACAGGCCUUAUUAAUGUCUGGAUCAUUCUGCUUGAAGAGUUGACUACUGCCAUAUCCAACUGCCCCCGUCAGCAUCAGCCUCCCACCCUGGAUUUGCUCUUUGAACUAUUGAGAGAUGUUACCAAAACACCUGGCCCUGGGUUUGGUAUUUAUGCAGUUGUUCACCUUCUGCUCCCUACAAUGUCCCUUUGGCUUCAUCGCAGCCACGGCGACCAUUCUUACUGGGAUGUGGCAUCUGCUAAUUUCAAGCAUGCAAUUGGCCUUUCUUGUGAACUAGUAGUGGAGCACAUUCAGAGUUUCAUACAUUCAGAUAUUGGCUAUGAGAAUAUGAUCAACACAAUGCUCAGAGACCUCUUCAAAUUACUAGUAGCUUGUGUGGCAGAACCCACAGAAUCCAUCUCUAGAGUUGGGUGCUCCUGUAUCAGAUAUGUUCUAGUGACAGCUGGUCCUGUUUUUACAGAAGAAAUGUGGAGGCUGGCAUGCUGUGCACUGCAGGAUGCCUUCUCAGCAACUCUUGAGCCAGUGAAGAAUCUGUUGGGCUAUUUCCACAGCGGCUCUGAAAACUUCAGUGGGGAUGCCUGUGAGGUGAAAGUGGCAGCCCCUUCCCUCUCUCCUAGUGCUGAAGCCGAAUAUUGGAGAAUACGGGCCAUGGCUCAACAGGUGUUCAUGUUAGACACACAGUGCUCCCCCAAAACGCCAAACAACAAAGAAGGGUUUGAGCAUGCUCAGUCCUGUGUGCUUAUCAUCGAGUUGCCUCCUGACAAGAAGCCCAAUGGUCAUACGCAGAAAAGGAAGCUUGGUAUCCCUUUCAGAACAAUUGUAGUGAGCCUGCUGUCCCACCAAGUGCUGCUGCAGAAUUUGUACGAUAUUUUGUUGGAAGAGUUUGUGAAAGGGCCCUUGCACUCUGAAGAGAAGGCUGCGCAACAACCACCGGAAACUAAACUGGCAGGCUUCCUCGGGUACAUUUCUAUGCAGAACUUGGCUGUCAUCUUUGACUUGCUGCUGGAUUCCUACCGGACAGCCAGAGAGUUUGAUACGAGGACUGGGCUGAAGUGCCUGCUCAAAAAGGUCUCUGGCAUUGGUGGAGCUGCCAACUUGUACCGCCAAUCGGCGAUGAGCUUCAACAUUUACUUCCAUGCCUUGAUCUGCGCCAUUAUGACCAACCAGGAAAACAUCACUGCAGAGCAGGUGAAGAAAAUCCUCUUUGAAGAUGACGAAAGAAGCACCGAUUCAUCCCAACAGUGCUCUUCGGAAGACGAAGACAUUUUUGAAGAGACGGCCCAAGUAAGCCCACCAAGGGGGAAGGAGAAGAGGCAGUGGAGAGCCAGGCUGCCAUCUCUGAGUGUCCAGCCUGUCAGCAAUGCAGACUGGGCUUGGUUAAUCAAAAGGCUUCAUAAGCUCUGCAUGGAGUUAUGCAACAACUAUAUUCAAAUGCAUCUGGAUUUGGAAAGCAGUGCCGAUGAGCUCCCGGUCUUCCGAGGAGACCCCUUCUUCAUCCUUCCGUCCUUCCAAUCUGAAACAUCCACCCCAUCUACUGGAGGGCUCUCUGGGAAGGACACCCCUUCAGAAGAUGACAAAAGCCAAAUCAGGGAUUCCCUGACGGAGAAUGUCACUCCCAAGGGAGGGAGUGGAGAUAUACUGCUGCUUCCGCCCUUGAGCCCCAAAACAGAGAAGAAAGACCAAGGCAGGAGAAAAGAGUGGUGGGAGAGCGCUGGCAACAAAAUCUACACCAUCGCCACAGACAAAACUAUAUCGAAGCUCAUGACAGAAUAUAAGAAAAGGAAACAGCAGCAUAACCUGGCCACUUUUGCCAAAGAGAUGAAAGUCGACAAGAAAGGGGACCCACUAAGCAUGAGAGGGCCAGAUUCCCCCCUCCCGCAAAGGCCUCAAAAUCUGGUUGAUCAGGGCCAAAUGAGGCACUCCUUCAGUGCAGGGCCAGAGAUUUUGAGACAGGAGAAGAGGUCACGCUCUGGGUCAACGGUCAGUUCACUCAACAUAUCCGUCCGGGAUGGUGAGGCACAAAUACAGGCAUGGACCAACAUGGUAUUGACAGUUCUUAACCAGAUUCAGGCCCUUCCAGACCAGAUCUUCACAGCUCUCCAGCCAGCUGUGUUCCCUUGCAUCAGUCAGCUGACUUGUCAUGUGACUGACAUUCGAGUUCGCCAGGCUGUGAGAGAAUGGUUGGGCAGAGUGGGCAGAGUGUAUGACAUUAUUGUGUAGUAGACACUGGAUGCAGUACCCACUAGAGAAUGAAUUGAAGGCAUACAAAUAUAAAGUCUAGUUACUGAAAUGUUAUCUUUUAAAAGUGAUGAGGUAACUAUUUGCUGGUAAUUAGAAACUGGCAACAUCUGUCCCAUGCCGUUAACUGCUUAAGAGCACAGUUCAGUCUUGCUCAUGCCUACAAGAGCAUGUGGUAACCACAGUGUGCUUAUACAUCAAGUAUCCCAAAAUAAUACUGUAUAUUAAAUCUGAAAAUGCUGUUUUAAGUCAGGCUGAUAUAUGAAAACUCAGUAUAUUGAUGUUGCAUAUUUUUCAAAGAGUGAAGUAUUUCUCCACAGGGAAAUGGCAGUGGAAUGAAGGUGGCACAAAAUGGACACCUUCACAAAAGUAGGCUAGACACAAAACAACCAAAGUGAGAGCCUGCUUUCACAAACCUUCAGUGUGGCAUCAACAUCUUCCCACUCCAGUGCAAAUUUGACUUAAGUACAUUCUGAAUGCAAGCUCUUUGAUUUUCUGAAGAGUGCAACAGAUGCAUAGGUGUCUUUAGUAUAGAACCUUUUUGUGCCCCCAAAACUGGCAGACUGACAUUUGAAAGUAUCUCAAUUGAAAAAAAAAUAAUACAAAUUGAUGGAACUCAAUGAGCUGUUUCAAUAAAUUGUUUAUGUAAAACGUGACAUGAAAAACAGAUGACCCAAAUUCAAAAACUGAUACAUUUUCAAAAAUCACAGUGCACAUUUCAUUUUCUAUCACACACCAGGGUUUGUGGUGAGAAUCAGCCGUGCACUGGCUUCUGAGCCACUUUUAAUGUGAUUUUGUGACAUCCUAGAUGUGGAUGCAGUAUGGUGUGAUAUGGCAAGAGCAGCUUGCCUAGUAGAGCAUCGGUAUUGCUGACCAAGAGGAGGGACGAGCAACUGUGUAGUUGGGGCUGUGCUGUCACACAGCCCUUAUCACACCUUUCCUCUAUCACCCAGAAGUGAUAGCAACACUCCUACCGGAAGGCUGUUCCUGCACUUCUGCCCCACUGGGGGAAGGACUGUUAUGCUAUGGUGCUGGAAGCUGUCUAGGGAGGAAAUAGUUAAUCCUGUAUAGGAUAACACAUGCCAAAAAGCCAUAGACUUCUAAGAGGUUUCGCCUCCUUUGAUGUCAAGCCAAAGGUCUUUAAGGGGAAAGAUCAUAAAUAUGACUACAGAAAACGAAACAUAAAGCUGCAACUUGCCUGUUUUCUACAACAGCUGCCUUGUCCCAUUCCUACAUUGUAGGUGAACAUGUCGGAUGCUUGACUACUGCCCCAGAAUUCCCUCUGUUGCCACCUCAAUUUGUUUUACCUUUCUUCUCCAUGAAAAGAAAUAAAUAAUUAUGUAGGUUUGGAAGGUGGCACCCAUUUUAUGCUCUCAUCUGUCCUGUGAGGCUGCUUAGUUUGAGUAAAGGGUAAAGCAGCCUUCAUAGCGGAACAGGGAUUUGAACGGAGACCUUUCACCCUGGUCCUCUUAAAUCUACUUCCUUUAUCCAAGCUGUCUAGCAUACACAGUUAAAUAUAUAGUCCAUUAAUUAGAAAAGGGCCUAUAAAAUAUGGGUGUGGCCACCUUUAUUUAUAUGCCACAAUUAUAUGUUGCCUAUCUCCAACUGCAUUCAAGGUGGUCCGUAAUUUUGAAAAAUUGCUUGCAUUUUAAUUGGUAUGAUGCAGAAGCGAAAGGGGACACAGAAAGCAGAGAAAAAUAAUUGCAUUCAAGUACUCUGCGGGACAGUUCUGUGCAAGGACAAACCAAGUGGUAACUGUUCCUAGCCUAGCUGAAAGAGUAGAACUUGCUGUCCCAGCUCUGCCUCUGGUGCAGAAUGGUGACUGAUGAGAGCAGCUCCCGUAGGGGAGGAGCCAACUGGGUUUGGCCCUAGAUAAGCAUAUGGAGAGAGGACUUGCUGCCAACCCACCCAAGUGAUAGCUGGCCUCAUCCAACAUAGGAGGCCUCACGUCUUAAUUAUUUCUAAAACACAACAGCUAACCCUCAAAUCCGUUCGGCACAUGGGCCCAUACACAUGUCCAUCACAUACCCGGGGGAUCAGACUAAGUCUUGUCAAUGAUGACCUCAAAAACAGGGUGCACAGAUUGCAAGGCUGAUGCAACUAUACAGGUAACCCUUGCAAGAGCAGGUGUUUUUUUAAAGACCCCAACAAAUUAAUGUGUGAUCUCAGGGGUCACUUGCAAUGUCAAAGAAGAUGAUGCUGAGGACAACUUUUGGAUGGCACAUCGCAGCCUCUCAUGCCAGCCCUGAAUAUUGGUCUCAUUAAUUGAAUUGAAAAGGUGUGAGUCUUCAUCAGCCUGAUUUAUGAUGCAUUGCAGUUUGCCUUGGACAAAAAUUCCCUUACUCCUCGCUCUUUGUUUGUAUGUUAAAUGAAUGGGAGACUAUGAAUGUACACAAUCUCACAGCUGCUGAAUCCUUGUAACUAUAUUAUGGAAUUCUUUGUCAAAGAAGCUGCUACUGUGCCUGAAUUUGAUUGUUUUGUUCUUUUUUUCCAUUUUCCAUUUAAAUAUGCAGUGUUUCUAUGGCUCUUUGUGAAGUUGGAAUUUUUUAGGGGAACAUUUUCAAGUGAUGCACGCCUACAUUGUUUGUUAGUUGGAUUUUAUAUGCAAUUCUAGCUUGUCCCUUGUAAGCGUCUAUUUAACGGAGUCAUUAAAUAGAGAGAGAGAGAUAUACAACACUCAGGAUUUCUGCAUCUGUUCUACUGAAUGCCAAAACAUAGUAAUUCCUGGAUUGCUAACAGAGGGGUGUGCCCCCCCCCCCGGUACAAUGAAGUAUAUGUUACAUGUGAACCAAUAUUGUGAAUUGUACACGUUGAGAAGAUAAGUGUGGCAUGACAAGAUUUUUAUGGCCAUUAUUACAGGAAAGACAAAAGUGGACUAUUGUUACUUUUCUUAAGGAGCAGAGGCAGUACAGCCACCAACUGCAGAAGCCACCUUAAACCAUUCCUGAUUGCAGCUGCCCAGCUGAUCAGGAUGUUUACCCCACAUUGCAUCCAUCCUCUCUCUUUGGAUGCCAGAAGCAAAGCAAACCAUAUAAGCUGGCCUUCAACAUAAAGGUAUGGGAAGUUUUGGCUGGUGAGCGGGGUAGAACAGGAUAGAAGCACCACAUAGGGGGGAUUAUCAAGGGGUUAUGUACUAGGCAGAACAAAUGGAAAUUCAUUUUGGUGACUUAACAGAACACAGUAGCAUUGUUAGGAGUGGAAGUAGUCUGGACUUUUCGGCUGACCUUGAAAAACUGCUACAGCCUUAGGUGAUAAUGAAAUAAACUGCACAGACUCAGAAGGCAAAUGUCAAAUCAGCCAUGAACCACAAAGGCAAGUCUUAUGGGUGUGGCAGUGUCCCUUUUGAGCUUCCUUCUCUGCCAGCAAAAGGCUUCCCAGUCACGUUCAGUGGAAGGAGACACUUAAUAAGCUCACUGGCCAAGUUGCACCUUCUGCUGCUAUGAACUAGAAAGUUCUUAUGAGCAAAGAGUUACAUAUGCAUGGCUGAUCUUGCAAGGCAUCCAUGCAUCUGAGGACUGACUCCUCUAGUGGACAUGGCAAGGCAUAGGAACUCAUCGAACCUUUGCUUUCUCCCACCCAAUCUCAAAACAGGGGAUCUUGGGCAAUGCCACACACAGCAUUAUGUGCAUUAAAGCCUGCACCAUUUCACAAUGAAAAGCUCCUGUGAUUAUAUAACAUGGCACACAUUAUUAUUAUUAUUAUUAUUACCGGUAUUAUUAUUAUUAUUAUUAUUAUUAAAUGUAUUAGUUGCCCUCCACCAGCAAGUCCCAGAGCACGUUACAACAAUUUAAAAUUCAGAAUUAAAAACUGUUAAAAGAAAUUAAAAGCCAAAGGAGUAGGGUGGGUCCUGAAAACAAAUAUCUCAGGUGUCAAAGGCCAGGGGGCAGAGGAUGGAACUUGUACAUUACAAAAAUCAGAGCGGCAGCCCUGUGUCAGGCUCCAUUCUGUGUAAUGCAACUUCUCUCAUGUCCAGUGAUCUCUGCUGUAUAAGUAUUUUUCUGCUAAGACCUGGGGGCAAAACUGAGAAAAUGCUGUGAGCAGCAAGAUAAGGGCAGGGUAUAAUACAAGUCAGAGGGAGAAGACUUAGCACAGGGCCAUCAUAUUGGAUCUUGUUUGUUCAUCUAAAUAUAGUUCUGCCCACAGAGAACACUCCAUCUUAACUAAAAUGGAAAAGAUGCUGUACUACAGAACUGCAACGUCAUUCUUAGAGCAACGAAGCUGCUUAUUUAUAUGGCAAGUCUCUUCCAGCAAUGGUUACUGUCUGCCAUUUGGGAUACAGUGCCAAGCUAAAUGGAUAGAAACCACUUUUCUAUUUAUUGCUAAGAAGUGAAAGUCCCAAAGGACUGUUCGUUCUCUUAUGCCAAAGAUACAACUCGCUCAAAAGUGAAUAUAACAACAAAAUUGACUUGGCUUUCAUUAUGGAGCCUUGCUCCAUUUCACAUAUAGGUAGAAAAUCACAGGAAUCCAAAAUGUAUUGAAGGCUACAAAUGGGUAAACCCAACCUUUUUGCCCUAUAAGAUGGUUGUAGCCUUUUGCAAGCAUAGUUCGCAAAGCACCGAAGGCCUGCAAUUUGGGAGGAGGUUGGUAGGUAAGAAUGACCAGGAAAGAUGCGGUAGAGCAAUGUAUGUUCCCCUUGGUUCAAUGUCAGUGCACUCUGUAUAAACAGAGUGGCCAUAUAGAGUCAGCAUAUGCCUACACAACUAUGAAUAUAUGUUAUUAUACUUUCCUUGAAUCCUGCCCCAUCUUUCCUUGUGAUGUUAAAUUAAAAUGACUUCCCUAGUCCCCUUUCCUCUUUUCUUGUGAAACAGAUUUGGUCCCCCCCCCCCGUGUCUAUGUUGAACAGUUCGUUGUAAACCACUUUACAAAAUGUAUUUUGUGUAUAUUUUGUUCAAAGGGAAUUCUUAAAGGAAGAUAUUUUAAAACAAAUAAACUAUUUAUGUUGCUCGUGUUGUAGAAUAAAGUAAAUCCAAAAUGCAA